AUGGAGAGUCACACUUCAUGCAUUCAAUCUAUUGCAUUUUCUCACGAUGGAUGUUUACUAGCUUCAGCAUCUGGGGAUGAUACGAUCAAGAUCUGGGAUGUGUCAACUGGCACAUGUUUACAAACACUCCUGGGGAGCAAUAGUUGGAUCGUGGAAGUAGCGUUCUCCACAACGAGUUACCAACUAGCAUCAUCUGAUGACAGGAUCAACAUUUGGGAUGUAAACGAUGGUGUUUUAGUGCGGACACUUGCCGGCCAUGACGGUCCUGUCAGCCACUUAGUUUAUGGCAUAAACGAUAGCUUCCUUGCUUCAGGGCCAUGGGAUGGCACCAUCAAGUUGUUCGAUGCACUUAGUGGAGUGUGCAUACGGACAAUAGUCAUCGGUCGCAAAUCUGCGGGCUUUUCAAUUGCUUUCACGCAUAACGACCAGAUCUUAUCAUGCCGAAUUCGCAAUUUCCUGCUCAUAUGGGAUCUGAAGGUUCAGAAUGACCCUUACCGAAUUCAAUUGCGAGACCUCUUCAGCGGGGAUCUUGUCUCAUCACAGACGAACGAGCUGUUUCUUAUCCAAGAUGACCAGAUUGAAAUCUGGGACCCAGCCACGAAAGUGCGUGUCCGGACAAUUAAAUACCCCCUGUCUGAUUCAUUAUCUCAUGGCUCUCAUGAAUACUCAAUUAUACUCUCCAAGCACGGAACGCUGCUUGGAGUGACUGGAUCCUACUGGUUCAAAGUCUUUAAUCAUUCAACACUAUCGUGGGGGAAAGAAAUCAGAAAACAGCGACAAGACAUUUCAGUCUCCCCAACAAAUGAUAUUCUGGCACUAGCAUCUGGUCCAACAGUCAAACUGUGGGAUUUAUCAGUACUACCUCAUUGGGAACAUUUGUCCGAAGAAGCCAAUUACCUGUUAGGAUUCUCCAACAAUGGCUCAUCAAUUGUCACGAGGUCGAUAACAGGCAAUAAGCCACGCAUCUCGCGAUCUUGUACUGGUAGCCCUAUUUUUAUGUCCACAGUGGACGAAAAAGAUCCGAUCUUGUCACCGGAUAGUCAAGUACUGUUAAUGAGAAGCGAUGGCAUUAAUAUCCAUGUCAAACAUAUGUCUCAGGAGUCUGCAUACGAGGAUAUUGGCAUGAUUUCACUUCCUGAUCAUUCCUAUAGAUCACUGGCAGUUUCUCAUGACAACCGUUGGCUUGCAGUUUCAUUUCGAAACGGAUCUGUAAACAUCUGGGGCGUGGCGGCCAAACAGUUCAGCUCUCCUAUUGCGACAAUAACGAUGAACGCAGAGCAUGCGGAUGCAAUAGAAACUGCAGACGACGGUACGGAAGAAUACGAAGAUCUCGCGGUUUCUUUCUCCCACGACAGUCUAAGCCUCGCAGUGUACAAUGGGAAACAUAUAAAGUUGUAUGAGAGUAACACAUGGCGAUGCAAGUCGACAAUUUACACUUAUGAAGGAAACAACGUCUCUCCUCAUAACGUUGUAUUUUCUUAUGAUGACAGGUUUCUCGCAAUUAACCCGUAUGACUUCAUUACUCGCGAGACUAAACUAAGUUUCUGGAAUUUAGAAACGAUGGUCUGCGUUAGAUUAAAAGUCCCAGGCAAAAGAUUUUCGAUUUUGGGUCUCGACACAACAGCUGUUUGGCGAUUAGAGACCUGUUCGUGUACCUAUGAAAUCAUCGACCGAGCUAUCCACCCAGUCCGACCAAAGUAUGAGGUAUCUGAAGACCUGCAAUGGUUAUGUCAAGGCCCUGAACGUUUGUUAUGGCUCCCACCGGAGUUUCGGCCGGGGUCUCAACAUAAUGCAAAAAUCAAGUUCUGCAAGAGUUGCUCAAAGUUUAAAGUUGCGAUUGUGACUUCAGCUCAUCGCAUAGUUAUUCUUACACUCCCUUAG